AUGUACGUAAGCACUAAUUGCGCGGCGGGGGCGGGCGUGUUCGAGCUGCAGAUCCUGGAGUUCUCCAACUACCGCGCGGCGCUGGCGUCGGGCGCGUGCUGCGGCGGCGGCGCGCGCGCAGCGGCCGAGCAGGCGUGCGCCGCGCCGUGCCGCACUCGGUUCACGCUGUGCCUCAAGGAGUACCAGUCCGCCGCCGCGCCCGGCGCCUGCUCCUUCGGCCGCGCCGCCUCGCCAGUGCUCGGCACCGACUCCUUCACGCUCGCCGAGCCGCUCUACACUCUGGCGCUACCCUUCUCUUUCCGUUGGACGAGAUCCUUUACGUUAAUACUGCAAGCUUACGACGACUUCGAGUACUCAGAUCCAGAGGCGGGGCUGGUGGAGGAGGCGUGGUGGUCGGGCAUCGUGGAGCCGAGCGCGGAGUGGCACGCGCUGCAGCACGCGGGCGCGGCGGCCGCCGUGGCGUACCGCGUGCGCGUGCUGUGCCAGCCCAACUACUACAACACCACCUGCACCACCUUCUGCCGGCCGCGGGACGACAAGUUCGGCCACUACUCCUGCACCGCCGAGGGCGACAAGCGCUGCCUGCCCGGCUGGCAGGGCGACAACUGCGAGAAGCCUGUGUGCAAGGAAGGCUGCCACCCGACGCACGGCCGCUGCGACCGCCCCGGAGACUGCGAUUGCCGGCCGGGCUGGCGCGGCGAGCUGUGCGCCCAGUGCCAGCCGUACCCGGGCUGCAAGCACGGCUACUGCAACGGCUCCUCCUGGGACUGCACCUGCGACACCAACUGGGGCGGAAUCCUGUGUGACCAAGAUGUGAACGAGUGUGAACAAAGGGGGGCGGAGGCAGCGAGCGGUGGGCCCGAGGGUGCGCUGGGCCCUUGCGUCAAUGCAGCCGCGUGCAACAACACGGCGGGCGGGUACUCGUGCGCCUGCCUGGCCGGCUGGACCGGCCGCGACUGCGAGGCCAACGUGGACGACUGCACCGGCCAGUGCCUCAACGGCGCCACCUGCAUCGACCUCGUGGACGAUUUUCACUGCGCGUGCGCGGCCGGCUACUCGGGCCGCACGUGCGCGCUCGACGUCGACGACUGCGCGCCGCGCCCCUGUCGCAACGGCGGCGAGUGCGUCGACCUGCUCAACGCGUACCGCUGCAUCUGCCCCGUCGGCUUCUCCGGCACCAACUGCGAGCUGACCUCCUGUUACGGACGUUAUUGCGUGGACGACCGCGACCACUGCGCGGGCGCUCCGUGCGGGAACGGCGCAGCCUGCUACACGGCCCAGAGCGACUACUACUGCCACUGCGCCCCCGGCUGGACCGGCAAGAACUGUACGCAGCGCGCAGCUAAAGAACAGGUGAACGAGUGCGCGAGCAGCCCCUGUCGCAACAACGGCAGCUGCGUGGAUGGCACCGCAGACUUCACGUGCAUCUGUCGCGACGGCUGGACCGGUAAAACUUGCUCAAUACGUGUAGAUGGAAUCGAGCACUGUCCCGAAGGAACUUGUGCAAACGGAGGUACGUGCGUGCGCGAGGGAGGAGGCUGGCGCUGCGUUUGCGCGGGCGGCUGGGCGGGCGCCGCCUGCGACACGGCGCCGGCACCUGCAGCGCCUGCCUGCCCGUGCGCGGCGGGCGGCACCUGCGUGCCCACCGCGGCGCCGCCCGGCUGGGCCUGCGCGUGCCGCGAGGGCCGCACGGGCGCGCGCUGCGAGCUGGCGGCCGAGCCGUGUGCGUCGGCGCCGUGCCGCAACGGCGGGCGCUGCGUGGGCGGCGCGGGCUGGUGGGCGUGCGAGUGCGCGGCGGGCUGGUCGGGCGACACGUGCUCGGUGCGCGCGUGCGCGGCGGCGUGCCCGCCGGCGGCGGCGUGCGUGGCGGACCCGCUGCGGCCGGAGCGCGGCGCGCGCUGCGUGUGCGUGCCGAGUGCGCCGGCGCUGUGUCUGCGCGGGCCGUGCGCGGCGCUGGGCGAGUGUCGGCGCGUGGCGGGCCGCCGCGUCGAGCCGCCCGCGCUGCCCGCGCCGCCCGCCUGCUGGCCCGGCGCCCGCGCGCGCGUCCCGCCCGGCUGUGCGCGCGCCACGCUGCAGCUCGCGCGCGAGCGACUGGCGCGCGGCGCGCACGUCGAGCGAGCCUGCGCCGCGCUGCGUCGGGCGCUGGCCGCGGCGCUGGCGGCCACCUCGCAUGGCGCGCCGCCGGCGCCGCCACUCGCGCUGCUCUGUGACUUGGCAGCUGACGAUGACGAUGCACUAGACCUCGCUCUGUGGAUUGGCGAUGAAGUGGGAACUGACGGUACCGAGCGAGCCGAGGCGCUGGGGGCUGCCGUGCGAGCGCUCAGCGACCUCGUGGCGCGGCGCCGCCUCGCGCAGCACGCGCUGCUCGGCGCCGCGCUGCGCCUGCGCGUGCCCGCAGCGCCCGCGCUGCUCGCUGACCCCUCGGCGCCCGCACCCGCACUUACCAUGGCGCUGGCGGCGCUGGGGCUGCUCAUAUUGGUGGCGGUGGCAGCAGCCCUCGUAUUCUGGCUGCGACGACGUCGCGCCGCCGCCGCCGCCGAGCGGUCCCGACGUUGCGACGAGGAAAAGUCGAACAACUUACAAAACGAAGAGAACUUGCGGCGCUACGCGAACCCGCUCCGCGACGAGCCGGCGGCGGGCGCGGCGCGGCGGCCGGCGGACGAGCUGCCGCGCGCGCACUCGCUGUACAAGGCGCAGAACGCGGACGCGCGCAACGACACGCCGCCGCGCGACAAGGAGCUGACGAAGCGCGCGCUGCCGCCGCCCGAGCCGCCGCCCACGCGCCACGCGCCGCCCGAGCGCCUCACGGUGCUCGUGUGACGCCGCCGCUCUCUCUGUGAUAGUGCCGCGCGCACGACAUUAACUAUUUAUUGUUUUACGACAUACAUCGCCAUUUUGUAAAUAUUGUAUUUUAUGUAAAUAAUGUUGAUCCGUGUGAAAGCUUUGUACGUUUUGUGAGUGAAAAAUGAAGUAUUUUUGUUUGUAAAGGUUGUAAAGAGAAAAUGACAAGUUGUUGUAAUAAAAAUAAACUGAGUUUAUUCAAUUGUUUUAUUAUCAUA